GAGACAAAGGUUGAACCACGGCAAUCCACGACCAGCUGGUGUUUCUUGAUGCCAUAAAGUGGUGAGUGCAAACAAGGGCACAGGGCAGAACAGGGAGAUCAGCUUAGCUGGAAAAAGGGAUUUUUCAGCAACUGGCAGCUCACCAUGGCUAUUCCUCACUGGCUUCUCAUGUCUGCACUCUUCCUGCUGCCCCUCUUGGCACAGAUUUCAGCACAGGAACCAGGAUGUUCUGUCAGUAACAACAACCCAAUCAUUCCUGAAAAUAAGUGUCCUUAUGUGGCGACUACCAUCCAAGUGCAGCCAGGUUACACCGUAACAAUUGAUCCCAGUUUCCCCGAUGGCCAGUUCUUCACCAUCGAGGGCUCCGAGCUGCAGCUGACAAAGUGUGUGGACUAUGAGGAAGACCCCAUGCUGCUGCUGUACCUGACCUGCAAGGGCCCUGCUGGGCAGAGCGAUUCCUUGGAAAUCCUGGUCACCAUUCUGAACGAGAACGAUAACCGCCCCAUGUUUCCACAGCCAAACAUCACCAGGAAUGUCCCAGAGGAUACAGAAGUGGACACAGCCAUUGUAGCCCGUGGAGAAGUAACUGCUACUGAUGCUGACCUGGACACCAUCUACUAUGAACUCACUACCACAGUGCAGAACGCAGAUGGUUAUUUUGCCAUAAGGGGAGUGAAUAACCCGGAAAUUUAUUUACAAAGAGCAUUGGACUACGACAAAUUUAAUUCGACAACGUUGCUCUUGUAUGCGAGGGACAGGCCUGUGACCAGCCCCGAGGCCACCAACAUGGCCACUGCAACAAUAACCAUCACCAUCAAGCAGAGUGACACCCGGGCACCCUGGUUCCUGCCCUGCACCCGGCUCCACAACGACGCCAGCGUCUGCAUCAGCAGCCCCUACUCCGGCAGGGUCAACAUCUCCGAGAUGUCGCCAGACCCGCUCCUCCUGGAGCCAGGACCCAUCUAUGCUGUGGACCCUGACUACACCAUCAGCGACAGGAUCGUGUACAGAAUUGUUGGGGGGAAUACAAAUGAAGUGUUCUCAGUGGAUGCAGACACAGGGAAUCUAACCAUGAACAAAAUAGUGACUACCCCAGAUUCCUUUCUGUUGCAAGUUAUGGCCACCCAGGUCAGCAAUGUCAGGAAAUACUCUGUAGCCACUGUAGAGAUCAAGGUCAUCAAUAAAAGCAACUUUCCACCCUACUUCGAGAAGAGGGUCUACAAUGGGACAGUGUUUGUUGGGCUGCCCCUGAGAAGCUUCGUCUACCAAGCUGGAGAUCCUUCCACCCCCCUGGUGAUAACAGCAACGGACCAGGAUUUCCCUGAUAAAGUCAACCCCAACAUUGAGUACUAUCUCAAAAACAGCACUGAUUUCAUCGCAACCAGGGAUGGGCUCAUCCUGACCAACAAGGUGCUGGAGUCCCCAGGAACCGUGACCAUCCAGGCUGUUGGAAAAGAUGUGUUGAGCCUGCAGGAGGCAAGCACCAUAAUUGUGGUGGAGGUCGUUCUUGCCACAGCUGUAACCCCCUCUGACAAGAUGUACUCUGCUCAGGACAUGGCUAUCUUAGGGGGCACUUUAGCAGCACUGCUGUUAAUUGCCUUAGUCUUGCUUGGAGUGCUGGUAUGGAAAUCCAGUAGAUGGGACAGAAAACCUUUCAAGUUCCUGGUGAAGAAAAAGCUUUCCAAGGACAUCUCUGGGGGUCACCAGAACAAAUAUUACCAGGAAGAUGAACAGCCAGCUGUGAGCACCAAGCAGCAUGAGACAUCAGAAACCAGCAGUGUCCAGGCAGAGACUCCUGUGCCAGAGCAGCCAGCACUUGCAUCACACUUCUCCAGUGCAGAGGAAACUGAGAGUCUCCCAAAGGACUCCACAGCUUCCACUGGCAUCUUGGACCAGGAAGAGGAAGAGGAAGAAAAGGAAGAAGAGGCUGGGCAGGAGAAAGAAGUGAAAUCAAUCCUCAAAACAGACAGGCACGUGGGAGAUGAUGGCUACAAAGCUGUGUGGUUUAAGACUGAUGUGGACCCCGAGGCUGGAGAGAGGGUUGAAGUGAUUGAGGACAAUGCAGCAGAUGAUAAUGAUGAUGAUGAUGACAGUGACCAAGAUCUGCAGAAGAAUGAGGAAGAGGAGGAAGAAGGUUCUGACACAGAUGGUCACCACCGAGGGCUGGGAGUGUCCUUUUCCCCAGAGAGCUCAUCCCUCCCAGCAGCAGAGGUGACAGUCAACAUGUCUCACACAGGUGCAGGGACAGAUGACAGUGAGAUAUAAAGGAAAUUGGGUACAUACCCACAAAAAUGGGACAAUCUCAGCUUCUUUGCUGACAUGAAGCCUAUCUUUCUGCUCAGGGGGGAAAACUGGAAUGCAGAAGGAUGAGGUUAUCUGUCCUGCUUGUCUGAAUGCAGCAAAUAAGGCCAGAAGACAUUACAGCUAAUUAAACCCUUUAGUGAGACCUUGGAAUAUCACUUGGGAUUUUCAGGGUGAAGCGUUUCAUCUUUCCACCUUCCUGCCUGUUCCCCCUGGGUCCCUUGGCAUCGCCUUUCCUGAACUGGCUGCAGGUACAGCAGAGCUGCAGCUGGCCUGGCCUGGCCGCAGGGAGCCCAGCUCUCAGGAGCAGUCAAGUCGCACACUCCGGUGUUGUUUGGCUCUUCCCUUUAGGGUGGUGCAGCAGGAUGUCAGCAACUCCCUCUGAGCCUGCAGGUGCUCCUGUGACUACGCAGGAGCAGACUUCAAGGCUUGGCUCUGCUCUGUUCUCCCAGCACAAACAUCUGGAAUGUGCCACCAGGCCCUUGUCCUGCCAGCCAGGAGGUUCCAUGCUCAGGACCUGCUGUUUCCUUUGUCACGGGUAAACACGGACUGAUCACAUGAAGGACUUUGUCAUCAAUUUUCUGUGUCAUAAACCCACUGAUUGUGCAGUACUUUGGCUGUCUAUCUGCUAUCUGUCAGCCAAAGAGCUCCUGAGAUAUUGUCUUCAAGUGCCAAGUCAGCACUCUGCUUCCAGCCAGCAGAGGGAAGGAAAUAUUUGAUGUUCUUGUCUAGAUUUGCAUCUCCCAUCAAACAAUCUCUUCCCCAGCUGGCAGCCAAAAGCUGGGCUGGUUUCCACCAGCUGAGAGCAUUUGCAUCUUCUGAUGUGGAUUUGCAUCUUCUGAUCAUCAGCACAAGAUUUAUGCUGCUCCUGGAGAAAGAAACAAAAGAGUGACUGCUGGGAUCUGCAGGAACAUCAGAGCACAUGUGAUUCCCAGGGAGGCUUUUAUCCUCUUGGGCCAUACAUGUCCCUGUCCCAGUGUUCCCAUGCUCACUCCUGCUCUCCUGUCUCUGAGGAAUGCUGCCCUGGCCUCUUGGACUUCGGGAGCUGUGUUUGUGUUGCAGAUCAAGCCCAGGACCUGGGAAGCUUUCCUGCUUCCCGCAGCAAAGCUGUUUGCCCGGGAAUUACAGUGUGGUAGUGGAGGGUGGGGAGUGCAGCCAGUGUUUGCCAUAUAAAGAAUCCCUCCAGGAGCUUUGGGAUAUCUCCAGGAAGCAUUUUCCACAGGAUUAUGAGAACUCUCUGGCAGCUGCUCACUCCUAACCCAAUACCUCUGGCCACCAGCAAGGCUGAGGUCGAGCCUGCCCCCCGUGCUGACGCUGCUCGUGGGAGGGUUGCUGAUGUGGGGAGAAGCUGGAGUGCUUCUCUGCUGUUUCCUUGGUGGCUGUGCUGUGUGUGGUCCAUUGCUGUCAGUGCUCUGCUGUCUGUCUGCCUUCCCUCUGCUGCUGGGUACUCUGGAGUGCUGCUGGCACACUGAUUUAUGAGCUCCCUACGACUGCAAUCUGUGUUCAGCUCUUGGUGCUUUCCUUCUCCUCACCAGUGUGCUUCCCAUGCUCUUGGAAUGGGACUGGUCCCAUCAAACCAGUCUUUGUUUUCUCCCAGGUCUCACCAGUGCACACAGCCGCAGGGUUUGGUGUUUUUCAGGGUUAUGGGUGUUUAAUUUCAAAGGAGAUGAUGUUUGGUAAAUAUUGUGGAAGUGGAAGUGGUGGUUGUUGUGAGGAGAAGAAGCAAAAUACAACAAUAAAACUUGGCAGAGCUCAGCUGCUUCCAGCUGUUGCCUGUUAAAGCCUCCAGAUCCCGUGUUCUCGACUCCUGUCUUUUUGGAAAGAAAUUAAGAAAAAUGUGUAAGGAACAAGAAGAAAAUUUAACCUUUUAAGUUCAAGUCCAUGUGAGCUUGCACUCCAUCUGUAUGGGUUGGUUUGUCUGCUGAGGCUGGGGAGGGUGACAGAGUUUUUGCAUCCUUGUACAACAGUCAUGUUCAUUUAUAAAUAUGUGCAUGAGAAAGAAAAAUGUACUGGUAGAAAUGUUUUUAGAAAAGUGGAUCAGCUUAAGUGUUUUUUGAUGGCAAAUAAAUAUCUACAUACCUUGAAGGUCUCAUCCUUACACUCCCAAGAUAUUCAAGUGCUUUUGGAAGUUUAACUCUACAGGUAGAUGUAAGAAAUCUCUUUCACCCCAUCCCCAGUCAGACUCUGUUUUUAUUUCUGUACCAGCUUAGAAUGAUACUUUUUUAACACUUGCAAUGCAGGGCUCUAAAAAGCUGGUCAGCAAAUCUGCACGGGGAGAAAGAGCAGUUUCAGCGUGGCUGUGGUAAGUGAGGAUUUGAUGUUUUACAGCUGGGAGUGGCACGGAUGCCAAGGGAGAGGAUCCUCACGGCUUGCCAGCCUCGAGCACCCUCUCCUGAUGUAACACAGACCUGGAAUGUGCCUGUUUCACCUUCAUUUUAGCCUCUAGAAGUAAAGAAGCCUCUCAGCUGCCAGGGGAAACUCUA